UCAGUCAGUGACAUGCUGUCUUGGAUAGCUCGUGAAGCGGCACACAAACACACACACACACACUCUUAGACUCUCACUCACUCGCAAACUGGUUCUCUUUUUCCUCUCCUGUGCUUUUGACAGCAGAGAAUGACGCCGGUUCGGCAGCUGCCAUGACAUUCAGUUCACCAGUUACACGGUGAAGCUACUCACGCGCGCCAGCCGACACACAGAUCCACACGGAUCCUGCAGCGCACAUGAGGAAUGAAUUGAGAGAGGGGAGCUGGCAGCAACAGAGAGGUCGGUCCCUUCUGUGCUGCGCUGUCAUGAGACGGGGCUGCCACAUUCACGUAGUCAGGAGUGUAGCGUUUUUUUAAAAAUACAACAUGGGUAACACAUUUAGCCAAGAAGACAUCUCUCCCGCUGAGCUGGAUGCCCUUUGGAGGGAGCCACCAUACAGUCUUGGAACAGAUGAGCACUUCUCCGGAAAUGACAUCAUGACCCAAGGUGCAGGUGAAGAAGAGGAUGGUCCCGUAGUGGAAUCAGGAGAAGGCGGAGCGGAGCCCGACAAUUACUGGAAGAAGAAAGAGGCCUUCCUUCGUAGAAGCACCGUGUCACUGGGAGACAAAUUCUCCUCAGAAAUUGUGCUAUCGUUCACGGGGCGGAGGCGCUCCAGCGUGGAUCCUGACCGGGCCCUGCAGGAGGCGCUGCGCACACGCCUCCGAGUCGUGGAGAGCAACAGCCAGGAUGUGAUACAGCUGUUUAAAGACUUGUCAGCGCGUCUGGUCUCUGUCCACGCGGAGAAGGAUAGCUUUGUACUAACAUUCAAGACCGUGGAGGAAAUCUGGAAGUUUUCAUCGUAUUUAUCAUUAGGCUAUGUGGCCCGCUGCUUGGAGAACUUCCUGUGCGAUCAGCCGUUCUGGCUGGACCCAGAGCUGCUCAGUGACCUGGAGAUCAACGUGACGGUGGACGAGGAACAUCUUGCCACCCUCUACCUGGGACUUUUACUCCAGGAAGGAUCUUUCUUUGCCAAAGCGCUAUUCACAAGAAGGGAGCAGGACGAGGACGACGAAGAGCAGCUGUCAUUCAAGAAGAACGACCUGCUGAUGGUGAAGGACACGGGGCAGGACAACAUGUGGGAGGGCACCAUGCUCUCCACUGGAAACCACGGCCUGGUGCCAGUCAACGGCAUGCAGCCGCUGCCCUACCCCUUCUAUCAGUGGUUCCUGAGGAAGUACCCGGGCUACGCUGGAUGCUCAGCGACAGAAAAGGAACUAUUUGAACAUCCUAUCGUGACGGGUUCCUGUGUAGCAGUAGUCGACUACAGUCCAGUGGGGCCAGAUGAGCUCCAGCUGAGCCAAGGCGACACUGUUGAGAUCCAGGGUCUGCUGAUCCGAAGCCUGGGCGUUUUCAUAGGGAGACACGCUUCCACAGGACACACUGGCUUUGUUCACAGGGCCCAUGUCAAGCCUCUGAACACCGUACCGCUAGAUGAACAAUUGGUCUUUCUGACUGAGGAGGAGAAGGCCAGCCUGGCUCAGGUUAAUCUAUGCAGCUCUGAGCCAAGCGACGGCAGCAGCCUGCUGGAGAGACUCUUCUCGUCCGACAUCAGCUCUGUGUACAGGCUCGACAGACUGGACGAGACAGACUUCCUCUACAUCAGAAACCGACCAAAGCACGAUCACAAGGGUUUACUGAGCACCCGUCAGAGCGUCAUGUCGGAAAAAAGCACAGGGACGCCCCCGUUCCAGUCCUCCCCUCGAACCUCUGUCUCAUACUCCUCGCCUCGGCUGUCCUUCCAUCAGUCUCACAACCCUCUGCCCCGAGAGGGAGAGCGCCUGUCUUUCACCCUGGAUGACACAUUCAGGGAGCUGGAUGAGUUCCAGGAAGAUCCGCCUCUGUUCUUGGAAGAGAACAGCUGGGACGGAGACGAGUCUGAGCUCAAUGACCCGACGCUCACCCUGCUCAACCAGCAACACUACCAGGAGGACUUCCUGCCCCUUUACGACCACCAGUGUUCCUUCCUGUGGGUGACCUUCAGCGGCAAGACGGAGGAUGAGCUGUCGGGGCACCUCGAGAGCGUCAGGGAGUGCGCCAAGAGAAUGGGCAUGCAUUGGGCACACCGGCGGGCAUGCUUUCUCCUGGGCAGACUGUGUGCUAGGAAGCUAAAAUUAUCCCAGGCCCGUGUGUACUAUGAGGAGGCUUUGAGUGUUCGCGUUGAGAGUUUCUCCGACACUCCGCUCCUCGUCGCUCUCUUCACAAACCUCACCGCCAUCUACCUGAAGCAAAAGAUGACGGACAAACUGCCUCAAAUCCUGGAGAAGGCCUGCGCCCUGCUCCUCUGCCUUCCCUGCCACACCUUCACGUCCUCGGACGAGGUCGAACUGCUGCAGCUGCUCCUGAGGAGGUCGGUGGUAAUGGGGGACAAGCGCCUGGAGUCUCGCGUCUGCUACCUCAUCUCCAGCCUCUUCCUGUCUCUGAGGAAGACCGACGACGCGCUCCCCUUUGUCGAGCGGCUCCAGUUCCUCUCCGUGACCGCCUCUGCUGCCGAGGGCCGACCUAUCGCUCCUCUGGACCUCAACUGGCUCCUGAGCUGGCUCUAUCAUCGCAAAUACAUGCCUUACUUAGCGCUGGCUUCCCUGAGCCUGGACUCAAGACAAGACCACUCCCUCCCUGAUGCCUUCCAGAGGAUCGAGCUGUUUAUCAGGAACUCUGUUCGUCUGAACCCGUCCUGGAAAGAAGGAACCUCCUUACUCCCAGCUCAAAUUGUGGUUUACUUGCAGCAGGCCCUGGCUAUAGCUGAGCGGGGGGACGACAAAAAGACCCAGAGGGACCUCUGCAUGGGCUUGGCCUCGAUUUACCAGCAGUACGGUGCUCUGGAUAAAGCAGUGCGCUGCGCUGAACAAGCUGUGAAGACCGGAGGCCACAUCAACGAGGAGGAGGGCUUUGAGGCUUCCGUGCAGCUUGGGUGGCUGCUGGUGCUGACGGGGCAGGCAGACGAUGCUCAGAAUGUCUUACGUCCACUGCUCACAUCACUACAGGGUACAGACAGUCCCACUCAGCGAGGAGUGAUCCACAACCUCUUGGCCUUGUGUCUGAGGCAUCAGAGUCGCAUCGUAGAGGCAGGCAGGCAUUUCCACUCCGCUUUGGAAAUCUCCAGAGAAAGCGGGAACCAGAGAAAUCAGGCCCUGGCGCUGGCCAACCUUGGCUGUCUGGCGCUGGACGCGGGGGCACCUCGGGUCGCAGAGCGCUUUCUCGUCAGAUCGCUAUGCCUUUUUCUGGAGCUGUGGGAAAGUCCGACGGACGAGGAGCACGUUCAGACCUACCUUUGGCUUGGGCGCAGCUGCAAAGACAGGGGGAAGAGUAAGGACAGCAGGGCAUGUUAUGAAAUGGGGCUUCUGAUAGCACUACAUGCCAAAAACCUGCAUAGUCAGUUGGUUGUGGCCAAGGUUCUGAGUCGUCUAUAUGCUGACAUGCUGCUCUAUGGUCAGAGUAUCGUCUACUAUGAGCACUGCGUGUCGGUAUCCAGAGAGCUGAAGGACAAGAAACUGGAGGGAGAGUAUCUGGAAAUCCUCAGCAGCAUCUACCUCUCACUCAACACCGAGAAAUCAUCUCGUAAGUCGCUUGACUACACCAAACAGAGCCUGAGGAUUUCUAUUGAUCUGGGCAAGAGAGAGGAGGAAUCCGAAACCUGGCUGCAGGUGGGACGCAUCUAUUACCUCAUCCACGAGGACGAGCUGGCUGACAUGUACCUGCAGGCGGCAGUGAAGACAGCCCUCAGGAUGAACGACCAUCACUUUGCAAUGAGCAUCUACGAGGAGGCAGGCGACGUCUACUUUAAAGGUGUCAGGAACCGGAUGGCGUCGCUGCCUUUCUACAGGGAUGGCAGUCUGCCAUUCGCACGGAGCAUCAAGGACGUCCACUCAGAGUUCCGCUUGUUAAGUAAACUGACAGAGCUGUUGAUGAACCAAGGAGAGCAGGAGGAGGCUCUGCAGUACGCAUCGCUGGCAGUCGAGGUCGCAGGCAAAACAGGGGUGCGUGUCAAUGAGAGGACAGCCUACCAUCGGCUGGCCACGGUUUACUACAGCCUGCAGCAGUAUGAGAUGGCAGAAAACUAUUAUUUGAAGUCCCUGUGUCUGUGUCCGCCUGUCCUGGAGGGCCCCUUGGAGGCUCGCUACUACACUAAAGUAUACUGCAGACUGGGAAACAUCACUCUACACAAGCUCAAGGAUGCUUUUGAUGCAGUGAGCUACUUCCAGCUGGCUCUGGCGGCGGCACUUGAGGACCAAGCUAACCCCGAGGCUCUGUAUGUGGUGUACAUGAAGUUGGCCGAGAUCCAUGGCAACCACAUGCCCGACGCUGAGCUGUGCCAAGUUUACAGAGACAGAGCCCAGAGUCUGAAGAGAGUUUUGGCCGGGGUGGAAAGCGUUGCUGUUGGAGGGGAAAACGUGGUCGAUGCAGACACUGAGCCUGGCCAAAACCAGGGAAAGAAGUUGGAUGCCGAUGUGGGAUAUAGUUUGGUUAAGAGAAACUGCGUUUUUGAGUCUAUACCUGAAGAGGAGCCGACUCCAAGGACUUGCGCGGUACGCGGAGAUUCAGACGACGGAUGGAGAAGCGCUAAUCUUAGAGUUGCUAAUGGGAAAGAUCCCCCUCACCAUCAUCCUGAUACAGAUGGCCCUUAUGUGGACGCGUCUGGCUCUGAGACAGCCAGUCAUUCAUAUAGUGACAGUAUUUUUACUGAGUCCUUUGACACAGCCAAGGAGCACAUGUCAGAUUCCAGCAGCUCCACUAGCACUUUGCAAACUCUCCAAAAUACAACAGAUGGGAAAGACACUGACUUUGACACAGACCACAGCUUGCCCGGUCAAAUACCUGAUAAUCACAGGAGACACACAGAUUCCAGAGAAACUGACUCCGAUGUUCAAGAUGAACAAAACAUGCCCACGGAAGAACCAGACGCUCCCGCGGACCCAGUUCGAAAAGAGUUAGAUGAAGCUGUGAGGGAGGACGAGGCUCGCGGCGCCGCAGAAAAAUGUAAAUCAGACGUCGGCACGUAGUCUCCCAGCGGUACGUCAUGUCUUUUACUGACAUUUCCUUCACCUGGCCACAGGUCUCACGGCCAGCAAACGUUCCAACCGCGCGGCACUUAUUGUACGAAUGAUAAUGAUGAUGAUGAUGUCAAUACUGUAAAGCUGUCAGAGAUUUUAGUCGGUUCAAAGCACGUGCCUUUUGUUUAAUAUAUUCCGUAGUAAUUACACCUCAUUGUGGUUGUAAUAUAAGUUUUCUACGUUUUUUUAUAUCUCUGGUAGAUAUGACACAAAUAUAUAUAUAAAAAAAUGUGG